GGAUGUACCACAACCAUGUAUUAGCUGUAUUUUAGGGGAGCGGAUAAAAUAUUUGUAGUUUAGUAGGUAAUCUCUAGUUGAUGUUAUGCUAAUUGUCUGUGUAGAAAAUAAUUACAUUUAACAUUACAAAGUUGAAGUAAAUAAGUUCUUCAUAUAGUGACGUUCUUUAUGAAUCAGUUUCGAGGUGGGAUGGGAAGAAAUUCCUUUCAGCUUUCAAACUUCUGUACCUUAGUGAAGAUGUGAAUGUGUAAAAGUUUAGUAGCUAAUUGAUUUAUUUCUAUGUGAAUUUUUAAAAGAAGUGUUCUUUUUCAAAUAGUAUACUUUUUUUGCAUUCUGUCAUCAUAGUCUAAAUGUAAAGCUUUUAUGUCUCAAUUCAGACUAUAUUUUUUAAAGAAGUGCCUCAUUAUGGAGCAGAGAACUUUUUAUCUCAUCAAGAUGUGAGUCUUGGUAUUAAGUGUCCUUUAUAAUAUGUGAGUGCUCAUCCUAGAUGCAGAGAGCCUUUGUUUGAUCAAAUACAUAUUUUAGCAGAAUUGUAAGGGAGUAAUUGUCACACAUGUCUGUGUAGCUUCUUCUUGUAGUAAGACUCCCCAUACAGAAGACUUUUAUAGAUGCACAGUAUCAAUCAUCUCACAUGGGUAAUGAAUUUCUUUUUUAAAAUUUAGGAUAGGACGUCAUCAUUUAUCUUGGUUAGGACAGUUUUAUUUCCAGAUCCUAAACCUUGGUGGCGUAGUGGUUAAGAGCUACAGCUGCUAACCAAAAGGUUGGCAGUUCGGACCCACCUGGCACUCCUUGGAAACUCUGGAGGAGUCCUACUGUGUCCUGUAGAGUCGCUAUGAAUUGGAAUCGACUUGAAGGCAAUGGGUUUGGUUUUUGUUUAAUAUUCCUAAGAAUAUAAGUUUUUUUUUCCAGUUAAUAUAUCUUGUUAUUAAACUAAAUACCCUUAAAAUGUAUUAGCAUAUAUAGUUCUUUUGUCUUCUUACACAUGCAGCUCUUUUGCAUGGAGACUUUUCCCAUUUAGAGGAGACAAGAGAAUGUGGGCUGCUUCUCAGAAGGCUUAUUAACUGAGAUGCAGUUGACAACCAAUUCAUAAAAUGUAGAAGGUAGUGGAGCAGGUGGCCUCCUAAGUGUCUUAACAUUUUUUGGAUUGUUUACUAUUUUUUCAAGAACAUAUCAGUAUUAGGGAAAAUGGGAUGCAGGUAAGCACUAACUUCAAACCUUUUACUUCAUCUUUAAGCUCCUGAUCCACAUGCCACUUGAGUUCUUACUAAGCACUUUGUUUUAAAAACUAUAAAUUGUAAAGAAUCAGUAUUGCCCUUGAGCUUUUCCCUUCUAUAGAAUGGAAAAGGAAAGAAAGCUUAGGAAAAUGAUUUUAAGUUGUUAAGACUCAUCUCUGUGUCUUUUCACAUUUUGAAUUCUGCAGAAGUAUUGGAAAAAACUAGUCAAUGUUUUAAAUCACAUUAGAUUAAACCCCCCAUAUAAAACCAAACCUGUUGGCCAUCAAGUUGAUUCCAACUCCUAGCAACCCCAUAGGACAGAGUAGAACAGCCUCAUACUGUUCCCAAAGAGCGUCCGGUAGAUUCAAACUGCCGACCUUUUGGUUAGCCACCGAGCUGUUAACCACUGCACCACCAGGACUCGCGCAUUACAUUAAAUCAUGUUAAAAUCUGAUUCCUUAUUGUCCUUGAGAGAGAGCUGUUUCAAUUGUGUAUACCAACCAACCAGCAAAUGUCUUAAGAAGUAAUAUUACUUUUGAGGGGGGAAGAAAAGGAUUAAAGAAAUCUGUUUGGUAGCCUAGUCUCAAGAGAAAGUUAGGCUCCUACUACAUUCUCUCAGUCAGGAUUUUAAUAUCUUCUUAAACUGUUCUGAAGCCCAAUCCAGUCCACGUAGCAGCCUGCUUUUUGAGUGUAGGCUGUGAAAGAUCAGGGAUUUGUCCCUGAUGUGGUCAAGUUUUUAGUAUAUUCCUUUUUUCUAAGUACUGGUUUUCUUUCUAGUGUUUAUAUUCGGGAACUUUUGUAAUGAACCACUAAGACUUAAACAAUUUUGGCUAUCUAUUUGCCAGUCAGGCUCAGUGCUAGACAUUGAGUGGACAAAAUCACGGUGGUUCCUGCUCAGAGAUACUGGUGACACAAAAAAUGGUUUAUGAUAAAUGUGAAGGCCAUGACAUUACAGACCACAAUGUUAAAAUGAUCAGGAAAGACUUGGUCGAAAGGGAUAAUUGAGCUAAGACUUGAAGGAGAAAUGUAAUAAACUAAGCAAAGAGGGGAAGAGAAGAACAUGUCCCAAGGCUUACCUCCAGUGACUGGGAAGGCUACUUGGCCCAAGUGGAAAGAAAGUAAAGAUUAUAAACAGGCUGGAGAAACAGGUAAGGCCUGCAAUCAGGGCUUUAUGUUUUACAUUCCAUGUUAAGUUUUGUCGCUUAACAAUUGGAAACGAAGGUUUUUAAGCUGUGGCGGGUGGGAAGUUGAUGGGUUACCUAAUAAAAUUGCCGUUAAAAAACAUGGUGUAGUGUUGAGAACUGAGUGUAUGGGUAGGAGUUGUAGGGAGGCUGUUGCAGUGAAGCCCAUGUGAGAUGCUUAUAACACAAAUGGGUAGGGUGGGGUGAAUGGAUUCUACAAAUUGCCUCAAACCUGGCCACUGCUCAUUAUCCUUUGAAUUCUUAACGUCUGGGUUGUCAGACUUGUCUAGGUGAUGUCAUCCAAUCCCAUGGCUUUGAAUUCAUUAGCAUUUUAGCAACUUCUAAAUAUUUCUAGGCCCUGAACUCCAGAGUCAACAUCUUGAUCAGAAUGUUCGAGGAUUUCAGAUUGAAACUGAUUUUCUCAUACCCUGUAUCUAAUCCGCCAUCAAAAGCACAUGGUUCUACCUUUAAAAUACAUGGGGUGUCAUGUAGCACUUGUGACUGCCAGACAGCAUUACCAUCCUAGAACAGAUAACUGCAAUAACUUAAAAUGGUUCUGGUUCUCCCUGCUCCUACUUUUACCCUUCUGUAGUGUAGUUUUUAUACCACAGCCAGAGCAAGCUUUUUAAAAGAGGGCUAAUUAGGUCUUGUCACACCUGCUCCCUGAACGCCAGUGGUUUUCCAUCAAAUCUAGAAUAAGUUCUCGAUCUGUGUUCAAGAAAGCCUUGUAUUAUGUGGCCUAAUUUUCUGCCCUUUUCCCUUUUGCUCACUGGACUGUGGCCGCACUGGCUGCAUUGUUAAGAUUUUUCCCAUCUUGGCCUUUGUCAUAUGUCUGUUAAGCCUUGAAGGCUUUUCACUCAAAUAUUCUUGGGGCUCCUUCUUUAUUCAUUGAGGUCUUUUGCUCCAUUGUCACCAUCUUGGGGGCCUUUCUUGCCCCUCUACAGAAUCUCACAUUUUACUUGGUACUUGGUUAAUAGCAUUUAAAAGUAGGACCAUGUAAACCUAGUACUUUUGGUCACUAUCUCGUGGACAAAAUAGUAUCUGGCAUACUGACAAUUGAUUAGAAAAGAGUUUGAUAACGGAGUUGGACUAGAUGAGUGGUGGCCACAAAUACAUGAAGAGUUAGGGGUGUGGGUGGUUGGGGAAGGGGUUUACAGGGAUGAGGGGGAAUAAUGAAUUUAUUUGUACAUUAUGAGUUUGAAGUAUCCAAGCAGUUGGAUAUGUGUAACUGAAGUUGAGUAAUCUGACGAAGACAAAAAUGUAAAAGUACAGAAUAUGUGUUGGAGGCACUUUGAGUCAAGGGCUUCAACGAGUUUGCCUGGGGAAAGUAAUUGUACAACGGAAUACCCCCAGAGCUGGCUUUCAGAGGAAUCGCGUCAUUUGAGGGCCAGUUUGAGUUCUAAGGAAAGCGCGCAAAGUAUAGCAGCUGUAAUGGAUGGAAAACUACGGAAUUCCAGACGGUUCCACAAGGUGUCAAUAUUGCGGGGUAGAGGGAGGAUCAGGUGAAAUCAAUGAGUUUCCGUAUCUCACGUCACAAUGGGAGGUGAAAUAAGGGGAUCAAAAAAUGGUGCACAUAUUCUUGGAGCCAGUCGUCUCGCACAAUGAGGUUAACAGUGAAACCCUGGGUCACAAGAAGCGGGUGCUGCACCCAACCGUGUCAGGACACCCACACUAGCCCCAGCACAACGACAUGCUUUGGGAUGCGGAAGAUAAAUCUAAAUUUCACAUCUGUGUUUUGCCCUUAGUAGCUAGGGUAUAAGGCGCCAUGGUGGUACAGUGGUUAAAGCUCUUGGCCGCUAACGGAAAGGUUGGAGACUUGAACCCAUCAGCCGCCCCGUGGGAGAAAGAUGUGGCGGUUUGCUUCUGUAAAGAUUAGCUUAGGAAACCCAUGGGGCGGUUCUACUCGGCCCUAUAGUGUCUCUAUGAAUCAGAAUCACUCGACAGCAUCAGAUUUUUUUUGGUUUAGUUAGGAAUGACACACUAAAGACACAAGUUGCCUCGGCACCACAGCUAUCGCGAGAAGUGGCCCAAACUGCAAAGCGGGAGUUGAGUGGCAGCAGCGUCUCGCUGGUUUCUGACGUCAUCACUCUGCGACAGGGUUCGAGGAAGGUCCCUUUCGCUCUCCGCGUGUUACCUCGCGUGCUUUUACUGCCUUCCAACGCCUGAGCUGAAUGUUCGUCGCUCUUGACAUCCGAGAGCAGGCGGCCGGGCAUCCGCUAACCCUCCUCACUUCUGGGGCUGCACUGCUCUCACGUGCUUCCGCUUCGCCGCUGACUAGGAUCCUCUGGGCUGCAGCCUCAGUGACAGCCUUUCGCCAUGCAUCGGAAGAAGGUAGAUAACCGAAUCCGGAUUCUCAUUGAGAAUGGGGUAGCUGAGCGGCAGAGGUCUCUUUUUGUUGUAGUCGGGGAUCGAGGAAAGGAUCAGGUGGUGAUACUCCAUCACAUGUUGUCCAAAGCAACUGUGAAGGCUCGUCCCUCAGUACUGUGGUGUUAUAAGAAAGAGCUGGGGUUUAGCAGCUCUCCAGCCCCUCUGGCUAACUGGCUCUUAUGGGAUGGGGAUGAUUGCAGCCACCGGAAGAAAAGGAUGCGACAGCUGCAGAAGAAAAUAAAGAAUGGGACACUGAGCAUAAAGCAAGAUGACCCCUUCGAACUCUUUGUAGCAGCCACAAACAUUCGCUACUGCUACUACAACGAGACCCACAAGAUCCUGGGCAAUACCUUUGGCAUGUGUGUCCUCCAGGACUUUGAAGCCUUAACUCCAAACUUGCUGGCCAGGACUGUAGAAACAGUAGAAGGCGGUGGGCUGGUGGUCAUCCUCCUGCGGACCAUGAAUUCACUCAGGCAGUUGUACACGAUGACCAUGGACGUGCAUUCAAGAUACAGAACUGAGGCCCAUCAGGAUGUGGUGGGAAGAUUUAAUGAGCGGUUUAUUCUGUCUCUGGCCUCUUGUAAGAAGUGUCUUGUCAUCGAUGACCAGCUCAACAUUCUGCCCCUGUCCUCCCACAUUGCCAGCAUUGAGGCACUACCUCCACAGACUCCGGAUGAGAGUCUCGGGCCCUCUGAUCUGGAGCUGAAGGAGUUGAAGGAGAGUUUGCAGGACACCCAGCCUGUGGGCGUGCUUGUGGACUGCUGCAAGACCCUAGACCAGGCCAAAGCCAUCUUGAAAUUCAUUGAAGGGAUCUCUGAAAAGACCCUGAGGAGUACCGUUGCGCUCACAGCUGCCCGAGGAAGGGGAAAAUCUGCGGCCCUGGGAUUGGCCAUUGCUGGGGCUGUGGCAUUUGGGUACUCCAAUGUCUUUGUAACCUCCCCAAGCCCUGACAAUCUCCACACUCUGUUUGAAUUUGUAUUUAAAGGAUUUGAUGCCCUGCAGUAUCAGGAGCACCUGGAUUAUGAGAUUGUUCAGUCGUUAAACCCUGAAUUUAACAAAGCAGUCAUCAGAGUGAACGUGUUCCGGGAACACAGGCAGACUAUUCAGUAUAUACACCCUGCAGAUGCUGUGAAACUGGGCCAGGCUGAACUUGUUGUGAUCGAUGAAGCAGCUGCGAUCCCCCUCCCCCUGGUAAAAAGCCUGCUUGGCCCAUACCUCGUUUUCAUGGCAUCCACCAUCAAUGGCUAUGAGGGCACCGGCCGGUCACUGUCCCUCAAGCUAAUUCAGCAGCUUCGCCAACAGAGUGCCCAGAGCCAGGUUAGCACAACGGCUGAGAACAAGACCACGACAACAGCCAGACUGGCAUCAGUGCGAAUGCUGCAUGAGGUUUCCCUCCAGGAGUCAAUCCGAUAUGCCCCUGGGGACGCGGUGGAGAAGUGGCUCAAUGACGUGUUGUGCCUGGACUGUCUCAACAUUACUCGGAUCAUCUCAGGCUGCCCCUUGCCUGAAGCCUGUGAACUCUACUUUGUUAAUAGAGAUACCCUCUUUUGCUACCACAAGGCCUCCGAAGUUUUCCUCCAACGGCUUAUGGCCCUGUAUGUGGCUUCUCACUACAAGAACUCUCCCAAUGACCUCCAGAUGCUCUCAGAUGCACCUGCCCACCACCUCUUCUGCCUUCUGCCUCCUGUGCCCCCCACCCAGAAUGCCCUGCCAGAGGUGCUGGCCGUCAUCCAGGUGUGCCUCGAAGGGGAGAUCUCACGCCAGUCCAUCUUGAGCAGUUUGUCUCGAGGCAAGAAGGCUUCGGGGGACCUGAUCCCGUGGACGGUGUCAGAACAGUUCCAAGACCCAGACUUCGGUGGUCUUUCUGGUGGAAGGGUUGUUCGCAUCGCCGUUCACCCAGAUUAUCAAGGGAUGGGUUAUGGCAGUCGAGCCCUGCAGCUGCUGCAGAUGUACUAUGAAGGCAAAUUCCCUUGUCUUGAGGAGAAAGUCAUUGAGACGUCACAAGAAAUUCGCACCAUAAGUAGCGAGGCCGUCAGCUUGUUGGAAGAGGUCAUCACUCCGCGGAAGGACCUGCCUCCCUUACUCCUCAAGCUGAAUGAGAGGCCUGCCGAGCGCCUGGACUACCUGGGUGUUUCCUAUGGCCUGACCCCCAGGCUCCUCAAGUUCUGGAAACGAGCUGGAUUUGUUCCUGUGUAUCUGAGGCAGACCCCGAAUGACCUGACCGGAGAACACUCCUGCAUCAUGCUGAAGACACUGACCGAAGAGGACGAGACUGACCAGGGAGCCUGGCUCUCGGCCUUUUGGAAAGAUUUCCGAAGGCGCUUCCUGUCCUUGCUUUCCUACCAGUUCAGCACCUUCUCUCCUGCGCUGGCUCUGAACAUCAUUCAGAACAGGAAUAUUGGGAAACCGGCCCAGCCAGCCCUGAGGCGGGAGGAGCUGGAGGCGCUUUUCCUCCCCUAUGACCUGAAGAGGCUGGAGAUGUAUUCUCGGAACAUGGUGGACUACCAUCUCAUCAUGGACAUGAUCCCAGCCAUCUCACGGAUGUACUUCCUGAACCAGCUGGGGGACCUGUCCCUGUCUGCUGCCCAGUCGGCCCUUCUGUUGGGGGUUGGCCUGCAGCAUAAGUCUGUGGACCAGCUGGAAAAGGAGAUUGACCUGCCGUCGGGCCAGCUGAUGGGACUUUUCAACCGGAUCAUACGCAAAGUCGUGAAGCUCUUUAGUGAAGUGCAAGAAAAGGCCAUUGAGGAGCAGAUGGUGGCCGUGAAGGAUGUGGUCAUGGAGCCGACAAUGAAGACACUGACUGAUGACCUGGAUGAAGCAGCAAAGGAGUUCCAGGAGAAACAUAAGAAAGAAGUGGGAAAGCUGAAGAACAUGGACCUCUCUGAAUACAUAAUCCGUGGGGAUGACGAAGAGUGGAAUGAAGUUUUGAACAAAGCUGGGCAGAAUGCCUCCAUUGUCAGCCUGAAGAGCGACAAGAAAAGGAAGUUGGAAGCCAAACAAGAACCCAAACAGAUCAAAAAGUUGAAGAAAAACAGAGAUACAAAGAACAAAAAAGAUAUGAAACUGAAGCGGAAGAAAUAGUGGAGAUAAAACUUGAACAUCAGUCGGCAUACUCCUAAGGAGAUAGCCUGGCUUCCUGAACUGUCCCUGAGUGGAGUGGGUCGUGGCCUGAUGGUUAAGAGCAGCCAGGGCCCCCAUCAAACCAGGAAGCUGGCCAUGAAUUCAGUUUACGGGCACAUCCUUGAGUGGGCCGAGCUCAGCUUAAGGCAAUGUCACUCCCGGAGGGAGUGGUCUGCCUAGGACUCAGUGGGUUGGGCAGACUCCUCUAGCACUGCCAAGGAUCCGUCUCUCCUCUCCUACCAGUGGCACCAUUAGUUAAUAUUUUGCUCCAGGCCCAGCUUUUCUGGCUCAUUCCCAUGCCAACCAUUGUCCCUCCUCCUACCCUUAAGUGCACAGCUUUCUGGUGAUGCUCAGGGGGCUGCUGAUGGACUGUUGGGUCUCUCAUCAUGGACUUGAUGACAAACAAACUGACCCUGCAGCCUGGAGCAGCAGCAGCAACUCUUCUAGCCAGGCGGCCGUGGCGGCCACUGUUGCCGGAGUGCACAUCAUCUGCUGAUGCUGUGUCCAUCCCCUCCUGGCUCCAGCAGGCCCGCUGCCCCAUGUCCCAGAAGAGCCUGGGCCUUAAUUGAAGUAGGCUGUGACAUCUGAGUCCCCAAGACCUGUUACUCCAUCAGCUUGGAAACAAAUGCUGGGAAAGGCCCCUUUGGCUAGCAGGGCUGAAGGAGGGAUAGAGAAUCUAUUUUUAAUAAACACCCAGGGAAGACCAA